AUGAAUCCUUCAAUUCUUACACAAUCUUUCAGAACCUUGGGUGUUAGAUCACUACUUAGAAGUUCACUAACAAAGAAUUCGGGUGCAUUAUCUAGUAUUAUAUUAAAGAAUGCACAACAAAAAAGAAAUACUACUACCACAAAAUCAACUACUAUUGAACAUGAACAACUUCUUAAUGCUCAACGUUCUUUGAGACCAUUAUCACCACAUUUCACUAUUUAUCAACCGCAAUUAACAUGGUACAUGUCUUUAACUCAUAGAGUAACCGGUGCUGGUUUAGGAAUUGGUACGCAAAUUGAAAGAGAAUAA